AUGCCCACCGUCAGAAUAUGCGUCUGCGGUGACGAGGGGUGUGGUAAGUCUAGUCUUAUCACUUCUCUUGUUAAAGAUACCUUUGUCAGCAACAAAAUUCAAGCCGUUCUCCCUCAAAUCACCAUUCCUCCAACCUUAGGAACCCCUGAAAAUGUCACCACUACCAUAGUCGAUACCUCUGCUUUACCUCAAGAACGUGCCACCCUAGCGAAUGAACUCCGCAAGUCCAAUGUGAUUCUCCUUGUUUAUUCCGAUCACUACAGCUAUGAAAGAGUUGCACUAUUUUGGCUGCCCUACUUUCGAUCUCUAGGAGUCAACCUGCCAGUCAUUCUAUGUGCAAACAAAUCCGACUUGGUCACAACCACCACCUCUGCUCAAGUGGUAGAAGAAGAGAUGCUACCGGUCAUGGCAGAAUUCAAGGAGAUUGACUCCUGCAUACGCACGAGCGCUCGUGAACACUACAAUGUGAAUGAAGCUUUCUUUCUGUGCCAAAAAGCUGUGACACACCCCGUUGCGCCCCUUUUUGAUGCCAAGGAGUCGGCUCUCAAGCCUGCUGCGAUUGCUGCUCUUCUGCGCAUUUUCUACCUCUGUGACAAGGAUAAGGAUGGCUACCUGAACGACAAGGAGAUGGAAGACUUCCAGAUCAAAUGCUUUGAUAAAGGUCUCAGCCCGGAGGAUUUACAACAUAUCAAGGAUACUAUUAAUCAUCACCUUCCUGGAACGGUCUCAGUUCGCGGCAUCAACUCACAAGCCUUCCUUCUGCUGAACAAGCUCUAUGCGGAGAAGGGCCGCCAUGAGACAAUCUGGGUCAUUCUGAGAACUUUCCAAUAUACCGACAGUCUCUCAUUACAAGAAUCUUUCCUCCACCCGAAAUUCGAUGUACCCGAAUUCGCUUCGGCAGAACUGUCUCCUGCAGGAUAUCGUUUCUUCGUUGAUCUUUUCUUGACUUCGGAUCGUGAUAACGAUGGAGGGUUGAGGGAUGAAGAGCUCUCCUCCUUAUUCGCUCCGACCCCCGGUCUACCGCAUUCAUGGGUGGACAACAAUUUCCCGGCUUGCACUGUCCGAAAUGAUGCAGGUCAUGUAACCUUGCAAGGUUGGCUCGCACAAUGGUCCAUGACGACCUUUACUUCUCCCAAAACAACUCUCGAAUACCUAGCAUAUCUGGGAUUCGAAUCUCCUGAUCGUUCCAACACGACUACCACCCCCGCCCUCAAAUUGACCAAGCCUCGAAAACGUAGGAGGAAACCAGGCAGAAUUGGUCGAAAUGUCAUAUUGGCCCAUGUGUUGGGAGCAUCACAGUCAGGAAAAUCAAGGUUGCUUGACACAUUUCUUGCUCGGCCUUUCAACAACCUAUACUUGCCCACAAUUCAGCCGAGGGUAGCAGUCAACACUGUCGAGCUGCCUGGGGGCCGCCAGUGUUAUUUGAUCCUCAAGGAACUCGGCGAAUCUGAGGCGGCUGUUCUGGACAAUAAAAACAAACUUCUCGACCAAUGCGAUGUCGUGGUCUACACCUAUGACUCGUCUGACCCAGACUCUUUUGCAUACAUCCCGAAUAUCCGCAAAUCUUAUCCCCAUCUUGAAGAUCUGCCUUCACUCUACGUUGCCCUGAAGGCUGAUUUGGACCGCAAUACCCAGAGAUCAGAACACCAGCCGGAGGAGUAUGUGGGUCAGAUUCAGAGAAUGCCUCAAGGCCCUCCUAUAUCUACCAGUGUCACAUGGCCAUCGAUUCAAGAACUAUUCGUUUCUAUAGCUGAAUCUGCCCUCGAACCAGUAACGGCAUUUCCUCGACCUUUACAGGAAGAUGAUGAUGGUCAAUUGAUGAGAUACGGCUUAGUCGCUGGGGCCGUAGUCUGUGCUGGAGCAGCUGCGGUGGUGAUUUGGCGAAGGUCGGCCAAUCCUGGUGGGUAG